AUGGCCGAAAAAUAUGGUAUAUCUGAAGAACAGUACAGACUUAUACAACAGCAAGCUUCUAGGCGUGCUGAAUUAAGACAUGAGUUUCUAAAACAAAGAACUAAUCCAUGGAAAAAUGCCGCAGAAGCUGGAUAUGUUUUUGAUCCAGCACUUCAAAAAUUCAUGUCCUUGAAAGCAACUCAGUUUGAUCAAUUCAAGCCCAACAAGAGAAACAGUAUAUUUGGAGUUUGUGCUAUAGUAGUGCCUAUGUUUGUGUAUGGAUAUUUUGUCUGGAAUGAACGCAAUGAUCGUGAACAGAAGAUCAGAAAUGGUGAACUUCGUUACAGAGACAGGAUGGCGUUUGCUGGGACAAAUGUCAGUUUGUCCCAGCCGGAUAUAACGCAAAAACUGACGGAGCGCAUAGAUGAUCUGAAGCAGAGAAUCGCUGCUUGGGGAAAACGGAUUCGGCGAUAUACCGAGAGGUCGACACGGUUCAACCAGAAUCGUCUCUUCCAGAGUGAUCAGAAGAGGCUCUAUGAAUCAUUGGAGCGACCAAUGGUAAGUGGAACGGGUCUAGCACCGAAUCAGGCCGACACUGCAGCAUUCUGGCGCGGCCUGUGGUCAGAGCCCGUAAACCACAGCGAGGGCCCUUGGACGGAAGUUGUGGCGAGUCAGUGUGCGGGUAUUACGCCCAUGGACCCCGUCAUCAUAACGCCGGAUGACGUAGCUGAGGCGGUCCGUAGGGCCCCGAACUGGAAAAGUCCGGGGCUUGACGGGCUGCAUCACUACUGGCUGAAGGGGUUCAUGAAAGAACAAGUUGAUGCCAUCAAUAUUCAGAUUCCAAAGAAUAUCGUCCCUUUAGUAGGAACCACUCGAGUUCAUCAAGUGUUUUCAAAUAUUCGAGGCCAAAUUAAAUACAGGGACUUAAGCUGUUUCUGCGAACGCGGAUUCUGUGAAUGCUUAAAUCCAAAGCUUUACUAUCCGAUACCAGUUCCAAAAAGUAAUAAUACUACUCACAAGGUUUGCGAUUUUGACGAUAACUUAAGCAAUGAUAAUUUCCCAUUGAGUCACAUGCUAACAUCAUCGCAUGAGAAUGACAUAUCAUUCAAAGAUUUUAGGACAUCAGUAUCAAAAAAUAUGUACAAACGUGUGUAUCGUUCUUCAGAUACCUCUGAAAACAAUACAGAUGAAGAUGAGCAGAAUGAAACUCACAAUAUCUUAUCUGGAUUAAGAGAUUCUGAAGGUGAUCAAUCUACAUUGAAACAAUCUAACAACGUACCUGGAAAUUAUGAUGAUAAGCUGACAUCAAAAGUAUAUGACAACCUACCUAAAUUUGACUUAAGUGGACAUUAUGUAUAA